UGCCGUCACUUCACGAAGAGCUGCAGAAAACAGACGGAAAAAAGUCAGUCAGCCACACAGCAAAAGAAGUAAAAUAAUUUCAUGGAACCUUUUAUUCCUUUUCGCUGUGCUCAUUCUACAAUUCAAAGUGCCACCAUCAGAUCCAGUUUGGAAAGAUUAUCAGUUUCCCGAACUGCAUCGCGACUCAAGUGAAGUUUUGCGUUUGCUUUAAUUCGACUGUAUGAUAGAUUCCUGGCUUCGCGAUCACCAAAAGAAAGAAAAAGUUUGCCUCGAAAUGAGUGGAAGCUGCACAAGUUGAAAAGGUUUGCAGCGCUCGUGAAGUUUCUGAUUGAGACACAAGACAGGUGAAGAAAGAAAACGGAGAAAAAACAGUACCUGAGCCCCAUUUUAUGGUGGUGGUUUUUGUGCAGUGUGAGUACGGAUUUGGCUAAACAAGAGCAAGGAAAGGUACAGCUCAGGGUCUCAGCCAAAAGGCACGCACAUAAGUCCAACCAUACAGCGUAAACAACGCCGUUUCUUGGCUUCGAUUGGUUAAGUAAGAGGGUACUUCGCAACAAAAAAUUUUAUUCGGUGUGGUGUGCAAACAAAGUGUUAUCAGGGGUUGACCUGGCCAACGAAACCACCAAAGCAGCAGACGGCGGAAGUGGUUAUGGAAUUUCGUCUUGAUUUAGUUUGAUCUACUUGAUAGGGGAGACCAGCAGUUCAACUGCGCUGGACCUACAUCACAAUGGGAUUGCUUUUCGCUAAAAUCUGGAGCCUGUUCGGAAAUGAAGAACACAAACUGGUGAUGGUCGGCUUAGAUAACGCCGGCAAAACCACCAUCCUGUACCAAUUUCUGAUGAAUGAAGUUGUACACACGAGCCCAACGAUCGGAUCCAACGUGGAAGAGAUCGUGUGGAAAAACAUCCACUUCCUGGUGUGGGAUCUGGGCGGCCAACAAAGCUUACGAGCAGCAUGGAGUACCUAUUACACAAACACAGAGUUUAUCAUAAUGGUUAUCGACUCAACCGACCGGGAACGGUUAGCAGUGACGAGGGAAGAGUUGUACAAAAUGUUGCAGCACGAAGACUUAACCAAGGCUAGUUUGCUAGUAUAUGCUAAUAAACAGGAUUUAAAAGAAUCGAUGAGUGCAGCUGAAAUUUCCAAACAAUUAGACUUGACCUCAAUCAAAAAGCAUCAGUGGCACAUACAGUCCUGCUGUGCGUUAACAGGCGAAGGACUGUACCAGGGUCUCGAGUGGAUAGCUCAAAGGAUUAAAAAGAAAUGACACCCUCCCGAGUAAGGCAGCUCAAUGCAGUUCAGCAGCAGUUUUUGCCUGUUUGACUCAAAAUCUCUAACCGGACAUGUGCUGAGAAUCAGAGAAAAAGUCAUUCGACGCGUCGGCCACCCGAAACAAGUGAGAGUUGGACGCUAAUCAAGAUCGAUCCCUAACCUCUGUAUACACACUACUAGUAAAAAAAUCAACGCUACUGUAACAAGCUACGACAGACGUGGUAACAAAUUACUCAUAAACCUGUUGAAGAGA